UUUUUUUCUGCUUCUCUCUCUCUCUCUCUCUCUCUCUCUCUCUCUCUCUCUGGCUUUGGCUUUCACUACUUAUAAGUACCAAGUGUGUUUUGGUUUGCACCACUUACAUAAUCACAUUUAGUCUUAUGCUAUGGCUCGAACCAUAGAGCCACUAAUAGUUGGAAAAGUGAUUGGAGAAGUGCUUGACAUGUUCACUCCAGCUAUCAAUUUUACAGUCCAUUAUGGGUCCAAACAGGUUGCUAAUGGUUGUGAUAUCAAGCCCUCUAUGGCUGUGGAUAGGCCCAAAGUUCAAAUUCUUGGUCCUCGUGUCUCUACAAAUCUCUAUACUCUUAUAAUGGUCGAUCCUGAUGCUCCUAGCCCUAGUGAACCAGCAUUGAGAGAGUGGCUCCAUUGGAUUGUCGUAGACAUCCCAGAAGGGUCUGAUGUCACCAAAGGAAAAGAAUUGGUACCUUACAUGGGACCAAAGCCACCAACAGGAAUUCAUCGAUAUAUUUUUGUGCUAUUUAAGCAGAAAAGUGAAAUGAUGGUGGGUUGUUCACCUCCAGAUGCCCGUGGCAAUUUUAGAGCUCGACAAUUUGCUGCUCAAUAUGAACUUGGCCUUCCAGUUGCCGCGGUUUAUUUUAAUUCACAGAAGGAACCUGCAACUAAAAAACGUUGAUCAAUAUGUUAGUAGUUUGAUGGUGUGUAUGCUAUUCGAUCUUGUAUGAACAAUUAUCCCAUAUGCCCAAUAUACUAUACAUUUAUCUCUCAUAAAUAUGGGUCUCAUGCACAAGAUCUACGUGUGGAGUCCAUUUUUUCAUGAUGUAAGAGGAAAGUGUAGUAUACUGGCUACGAUAAAUAAUUUCACAUUUUGGUAUA